UUGACAGUUCGCAAAAUCGGUAAUACAAACGUAAAAGCAUUUGUUGCAGCAUGCACGCACGACUCCGACUGCCCACCGUCACACAAAUGUGUUAAUUCGACAGAAACUCCAGAAAGCGGUAUCUGCACGGCAAUUUCGACUGAUGAAACACCGCAGCCAGAAAUAACCACUGCAGCUGCAAGACCUGGUCGCCGUCAACCUUGCACGGACGAUUCCGAUUGCCCCUCCACACACGAGUGCUUUAAUUUGCGAGAAACAGCAGGUGGUGGAUACUGUGUUGAGGCUCCGGAAAAAGAAAGUGAAGAACCAGAAACAACGACUAUUUCUGAACAACUUCAUCCCCGUCAACCUUGCACGAAUGAUACGGAUUGCUUCUUGGGUUACGUGUGUUUUAACUUGCGGGAAACACCAGGUGGUGGAUACUGUGUUGAGGCUCCGGAAGAAGAAAGUGAAGAGCAAGAAACAACAACUGCUCCUGAGGAAACAACGACCGCUCCUAAACAUCCUCGCCUACGUAAGAAUUACAAUUUAUACGAGGCAAUUCCAAUUUACUAG